AUGGAUAAGAGAAUUGAGGAAGUGGUCAAGAAGAAUUUGCAGGCACAAAGGAAGGAUCUAAAAAGUAUUCUAAAGCAAGACAAGUCUGAGGAGUGCAGCAAAUCUGAGAUCAAGAUUGUACAUGAGCAUGGCUUUGUAUUCAAGGCAGAUUCAUCGAAAUAUCCCUGCUGCCCUAUAGUGGAGAUUGAGGGAGGGUUUUUCUUCUAUACAGUCGAUGGACGAAGCCUUAUGUUUGAGCCUAACCAAUCCUUCCCAUAUAUAUUUCUUCCAUUUCCACUGAAGGAGGCAUUUUUCUACAAAGUUGAUGAAAAAGUGUAUUUUAUAACUCUGGACACAUGCAACAAGCUGCAGUAUUCGUUGAUGGCAAAUAAUCGCUAUCCUUCUGAAGAGAGGUAUACGAUUUCAAGGAAUGUUGUACAUGUGGUUAAGCAUGCCAACAAGGUCCUGUAUGUUUCGUCGAAGAAUGGCAAUUAUCAUGUAAAUAUGAUUGUCCGCGAUGCUGAAGGGCUUAAAGGACGAAUGUUCCUGGCGAAUGCCAAAAAAGAUGCAGGCACAAAUGUAUUUUAUGCGAAUUCUAUUUUAUUCAUGAAUGCUGGAGGCAGGCUGCUGAAGGACAAUGGAAAGAAUCUGUGUGUUGAAGGAGACAGUGUCUGUGGAAUACAGAAGGGAUUUUUAGUGUUAAAUUCGAAGACACGAAUGCUUUACUUGCUGAACGAGAACCAGGCAAUGAUUCAUCAGAUGAGUAUCCGAAGCACUGGGCAGAUUUUUAGAAUGUUUUCCAUUGGUGAUUAUGCAGCACUGUGUGUUGAUGGCUGGCUGUAUGCUUUGAAGGUAAGCAAUCAAAAGCUUGUGAUUGUGAAUGAGAUUCAUAUUCCAGGAGAUAUGCUGUACCUUAGUGCAUCGAUUAAGAAGAAUGUGAUACGUAUUGCAUCGAUUGUUGCUGAAGAUAUAAAAGAGGGCGGCAUAAAUGAAAGCAUUAAGGCAGUGAAGUGUGAUGAUAAGAGUGUGAAGUUGUGUAAAGAUAGAGAUCAAUUGAAAGCUGAGCAAUUAAAUGGCAACGAUGCAGUAGUAAAGAGUAAAGAGAAGUAUAAAGAGAGUGAUGGAAAUGGAGAAAGAGCAGAGAAUCGCAUGCAUGAAGACCAGGAUGAUGCUCAGUGUUUUGACAAGCAUCGGCCUUAUGUUAUUGAUAAAUUGAAUGAUUCAUGUGAUUUUAUAAAUGAGAAGAUGGAUAAGAAAUGGAAUGAGAAGAUUGAUCAAAUUCUUAUGAAGCUGAGAGAUGGAGAAGAAAGAAUGAAUAUGAUUGAAGCGAAUAAUGAGGCGAGGUUUAAUAUGAUUUUUGAAAUGCUUUGUAAAAUCAAUGAUAGUGGAGCCAAGGUAGGAGUCCAGGAGAUGCUAAAGAAUGAAACUUCACGUGUUUUGGGGUCUGUGAAGGAAAUAAAAACAAAGAUGAAGGAUUAUGUGCCUGAUGAUAAUAAGAUAUUGGAGUGUGCUAAGAGAAUGAUCAUUGAAGUGAUGGUUCCGACGAUUGAGGCAGCAAUGGACGAGAUACGGGUGCAAAUGAUCAACGAGAUCCGUCUAAUGCACGAUGAAGAUCAUUUGAAAGACAUUAGAAAGGCAGUUGGGGAGCUCCAUGAUUCUUUUACAAAGCAAAAUGAGGUAAAAAACCUGAUUUCCGAAGGACUGAUUGAAAAAGCGGUAGAAGCAGUCAUAAGUGGAUCGAAUACGGACUUGGAUGCAUUUAUAUCUUGUAGUGAGGUUUCGUUUGUGGAGACACUAUCAUCUUCUCUGCUGGUUGCACUAUUUGAAAAGGUUGUGAUGGCAUCCAAGGAGCUAUUCAAGCCAAAUUACCAGCAUUUUAUGUAUAUGAUAAUGGUAUGCUUGGAGUUAAACGAUUUGAAUGAUGAAGAGAUCAAGAUUGUUGAUGUUCUGAUGUCACUUAUCGAUGAUAUUGAAGAGAUUGAUAUUAAAGAGCUUCCUGUGAUUCUGAAUUUCCAACGAAUCAAGCUGGGCAAAGUUAAGGAGAAAAGAAGAAUUAAAUGA